AUGCCGGCCCACCGUACAUGCCUGGCCCGCUGGCAGCUCCAGUCCGCAGGGAAGGCCGAGGAAAAGAUGUGCCGGUUCUGCGGUGCAGACCUGCCAGACUGGAGAGGUUGCUGGUCCACCCUUCCCAAGGCCGACCCCGUCAUGACGGUGGCCCACGAUGGCCAGACCCACCAGGUGGUGGUGCGGCCGGGGCUGGAGGGCCGGGCGGCCUUCGAGCGCACCAUCCGAGAGAUUUUUGGAAGCGACGUGACCCUGUCAGGAUGGGAGUCCUUUGACGCGGCGGUGUUCUGUGCCUCCCUGUCUGCCGGGCAGCGACAGAUGCGCAAGGCGGCGGCCAUGGCCGCCGCGGACCCUGCCCCCGUCGUCGGCGGGGCACCGGCCAGCGCUCCUCUGCGCCGGCCGGCCGCCUCGGGACUGCGCAGGGCCCUGGGGCGGUGCUGCGACGCCAUCCUGGGCUAG